AUGGAGCUGCCAGUUUUGUUUGUGUCUGAUGGAGUUGUGUACCCCCAUGCCCAGAUUAAGUUGCCUAUUCGGAGCAAGUCCAAGUCAGUUUAUUUAAAUUUUUCAAAUUCCAUCACCCCUACUCCAACGUCGCCCCCCCCCCUUAACAACAUCCUAUCAAUAAUAAUCCUUUCAGCUUUUUCAUGAUCGAAUCAUGUCUGCUGGGUAAAAGUGCAUUCACCAUGGUGGCCAUCGUAUAUGGAACCGACCACCCAGACUCAGAGCAGGUAAUCAGUCAAUUUACUGGUUUUUGGUGUAAAACGUGUUGGGGAAAGAAAAAUAAACAUAUUUCUAAUCAUACUGCACUUUAAAAUAUCUUUUCUGACAUAAAAAUUUAAAAACAACGAAAUUUUCAAUUUUUGCACGGUGCAAUCGUAAAGAGCCGGUUUGCACCGUGCAACAAAUAAAAAUGUUAGUCUUGGACUAAAAGGUGGAGUAAAUUAAAAAUGCCUUUGAAACAUCAAAAUAAGUCAUAGUGGGGAUCAGAAAAAAUAGAAAUAAGCUGGAUUGCUUUCUUAGUAAAAUUACAAUUGCACACAGAAAUUGUUGCUCCGUGCAAAUCAUUUGUUUUUCAUUGCACCGUGCAAAGCCCAAUUUUUUGAGUCAAAACCGCUUUAAAACGUGAUUUUUAAACCUAAACUAUUCUUAUCAAAGCUUUUUCAGAAAUUCUUCAACAUUUGCACGGUCGCAGCGGUCGAAAAGGUCGUAUGUUGGAGUAGUAACAACACUGCCACUCAGUACACACUGCAUGUUCGUGGUAUUUCACGUGGCGAAAUUGUAAAACAUGGAGUGCCCUUGCUAGAAUUGAAUCAAAUUUUCGAUCCGGACACGCCAUUGCCCGAGCCGGCAUUAAUCGCGGACUUUUUGGCACACUUAAUGGUACUAUUGUCAUUUGCACCAGCCAACUCGACUAGGGACAACUUGAGGGUAAGUGGGGUUUGGAAAGAAAGUUCUUGCCAUUUUUUGUCUUGUAAAGAAAGUUCUUGCCAUUUUCUGUUUUGUUAAAAAAGUUCUUUCCAUUUCAGAGGGUCCUAGCCAACAAGGACCGUGAUAUCAACAAGAUAGUCUAUCUUACUAUGGCCCUAUUGAGAAUGGUCUCCUAUAAUGAUCAACUUUUGUUCUUGGCCGAAAACGAUGGCCUAAAACGAAUGGAAAUUGCCCUAAAAUACGCUAAAGAAGCCAUUAAAGCGUACGGUAGCAUAGCGCCAAAGACCAGCGAAGUACCAGUUGAAGAAAAUGGUGCACUGGUACCGUUGGGUAGUAUGCAAAGCAAACGGGCGCCGGCCAAAAAGCGACUAAACGAGCUGGAACAGAUGGAGCAGGAACUACAAAGUUGUCAACUGCCCGAGGGUACGGUCAGGGAUACGGUAAUGGAUGACUUUCAACGAUUGAAAAGCUUACCUACUGGAUCGCAUGACUAUCAAGUACUGUAUGGGUAUCUGAAGUUGGUGUCGGUGCUGCCGUGGAAUAAACAUACUGAGGAUUCUUGUGAUUUGGAAAAGUCUAGGUAAGGAUUUUGUCGCAAAAACUUUGUUUACAAACCGAAAAACGGCAAAAACUUUCUUUACAAAACAAGAAAUGGCAAAAACUCCCUUUACAAAGCAAAAAAUAGCAAAAACUUUCUUUACAACAAUCAAAACAUUUUAAUUUGUCUGCACAGUGCAAAAAACCUUUUAGAUUGCACAGAGCACCCACUUUUAAAAAAUUAAUUGUCAUUAUUUUUAAAGCAAUCAAAAUGAAAGUUGUUUUAGUUGUUUUUUAUUAGUCCAGACUAAAAUUUAAGACCAUAUUUGUUACCUAAAAUACUCUCAAAACUUUAAAAUGUAGAAAAGAAAAUUUGUUGCACGGUGCAAAGCAAAUAAAAGACGGCACAGUGCAGUCGAAAUUAUGGAUUUUAAAGUGAAAAUAGAGUAAUGCAUUUUAAUUUUGAAAAAUAGGAAAAAACUUUCUUGAAAUACUAUAUAAUGGUAUAAACUUUCUUUACAGCCCAAAAAAUGGUAAGAACUUCCUUCACAAAGUCCAAAAUUACCAUAAUAAUCAAUAUUAUUUUAGAAAAAUCCUAGACGCAGACCAUGAAGGCAUGGCGGAUGUCAAGAAGCGUGUCCUUGAAUUUUUGGCCGUAAAACAAAUGAAAAAAGACGUAAAAGGACCAAUUUUGUGCCUAGUAGGACCGCCUGGAGUGGGCAAGACCAGUAUAGCCAAAGCAAUCGCUGACACUUUGAAUCGAAGGUUUGAGCGAAUCGCCUUAGGUGGUGUUCAUGAUCAGAGUGCCAUUCGAGGACAUAGACGAACUUAUGUUGGGGCAAUGCCUGGAAGGAUUCUGCAAGCGGUUAAGCAGGCUAAAACUAGGAAUCCAGUCAUUUUACUGGAUGAGGUGGAUAAAAUGGUAGGUUUUUAAGGUCAAAUGGCAAAAACUUUCUUUACAAAGUCAAAAAUGGCAAGAACUUUCUUUACAAAAUAAAAAAUUGCACGCACUUACUUUGCAAAACAAGAAAUUGCGAAAACUUUCAGUUUCACUGCACUGUGCAAUAUAUUUUAUAGACUGCACAGUGCAGUCUUUUUUCAAAAAUUCAUUGUGACAUUCUUUUUAAUGUAAUCAAAGUGAAAAUAAAUUUAUUAGCUUUUUAUUAGUCCGGACUAAAAGUUAAGACAAUAUUUGUUACCUAAAAUAUGUCCAACAUUUCAUUGUUUUAAAAAUAAUUUUUUUUUGCACGGGGCAUAAGAUUCAAAAAUUUGCACAGUGCAAAAAAGCUAAAAAUAUGGCACGGUGCAGAUAGAAAUUAGUUUAUUUAAAACAUUAAAAGUGCAAAUUUUUAGAAUAAAAAAUAAAAUUUUAAUGAAAACGCCAUUCUUUUUAGAGCGCUGGUCCUCAAGGAGAUCCAGCCGCCGCCCUGCUCGAAGUCCUCGACCCCGCCCAAAACCACACAUUCCAAGACCAAUACCUAAACCUGCCCUUCGAUAUUAGCCAAGUCCUCUUCGUAGCCACAGCCAAUGACGCCAGUACCAUCCCGGGACCAUUGCUAGACCGAAUGGAGCUAAUCGAAAUGUCUGGCUAUACCUUGUCGCAAAAAGUGGAAAUCGCCAAAAAAUUCAUAAUUCCACGCCAAUUAGCAUAUCACGCCCUAAGUCCCGAUUACCUAGAGUUUUCUCCAGAAUCCCUGCAAAAGAUUGUAUCGAGAUACACGCGCGAAGCUGGAGUUAGACAGCUGGAACGGACUGUUGCCGCAGUCUGCCGAUGGGCCGCGUUAAAAGUGGCACAAGUUGUUAAUGGAGGCGCAGUGGAGUUGGAUGUAGCCUCAAACAAAUUGAACUUACCUAUCAAGGUGAAGACUGACAACUUGAACGAAAUUCUUGGGGUAAGUCUAUAUUGUAGUAGGUAUGCAUCAACUUUCGCGUGUUUCUCCUAA